AUGUCGUACACCGUUUCAUCCGCGAUACACCACGCGGGCGUCGCCGCGCGCGCCCCCACCCGCGGAUCUCGCUCCGCAUCGAGGCCCAUGCCCGUCGUCCGGACACCCGCGCGUCAUUCAAACGUCAUGCGGUCCUCCAGGCGCUCCCACGUCGCGCACGCGCAGUGGUUCGACGCCGGCUUCACCCAGGGCGGUCGGGGCGCUAUCGCAAUGCCCUACUACAGCGCCGCGACCAACGGGCCCACCGCUGGGGAUGAGCAGCCCGCCAUCGACGUCGACGCCGUCGACGUCUCCACCGGCUCCGAGGGUGGCCCCGCGUCUCCUUGGCCGCAGUCCGCCGCGAGCAAGAACUCGGACAAGUGGGGCAACUUCGUCAGCUUCGGCUACCUCUUCAUCAGCGCGGUCAUCAUGAACAACAUCCUUUACACCUUCUUCCCCAACGGCCUCGGCGCCGCCAUGGUGAAGCCCGCCGCGCUCAAAAUCACCGAGCUCAUGAUUGCGCUCUCGUGCGCCAUCCUCGCGGCGUGCGAUUUCGGACCGCAGGCCGCCAAGCAGGUCCGCGGCGGCCUCCGCGCGCUCGACCAGGUGGGCGGCAACCGUGCCACCGCCCGCGACUUCCUCGGCCUCGUCCUCCUGAAGAUCAUCUUCGACGUCGUCGGCCUCGGCGCCUUUGCCGUGCCCUCGGCGCUCGUCCCGGACUUCCUUCCCCGGUCUCUCGGCAUCGCCGUCACCAUGUUCGUGCGCAGCGCGUUCGUCAUCCACUGCGACGUCACAUUCGACGCGGAGGGCGUCAUGCGGCCCAUACCGGGUAAGAUGAGGGAGCUCAUCUCAUCUUUCGAUCGCACCCUCGCGUUUCUCGCCUGCGCCGUGGCGAUGGUCACCGACGUGUGGGUGGCGGGCAUCAGCGCGGGACUGUUCACCGCGGGCGCGCUCUACUUCAGCGCCGAGAACCUGUUCAGGUUCGGCGCCAGCAUGAAGAAGAAGUGA